AUGGGGGCCCUGGUCAUGGUGGCUCGCAUAGGCAAGGAAGAGAUUUUCAUAGAAAGCGGUUCCGAGAUGAUGACCGACAUGCUCGUGGUGAGCCUCCAAAAAGAGCGUACGAACAAGAAUCUCGAAGAAACUCUGAUCCUGAAUCCCGACCGGAGAAGAAUCCACGUUUCAGAGAAAGCGGUGACUCUGACGAGGAAGAUGAUGAGAAGAAGGGAAAACCAUAGCCAAUCUAUCCGUUUUAUUACCUUUGGGAACGUACUGAGAGUGGGAGUUGACAUGAAAUAUCUCGUAGCACAAGUUCUCUAA